UUGGUCUCCUGCCGCCUGCAUUUCACUACGUCCAGCUGCGGAAAAGAAGCGUUGGCUAAGGUAGAAGCGGCUGAGAGAGAGGCAGUCACUGGCUGUUUUGGUGAUUGCUGUAGAAAUGGAGUGUUUCAAUGACCUCCUCCACAAACUGAAGGAGGUCCACGAGCGAGAACUAGAAGGAUGGCAGGUGAAAGUUCAAGAGCUGUCCAACAAGAAAGGCUGUGACACAAAAAGAAUGGAAGAACUUUUUACCAGAAACCAACAGAUGAAAGAACAACACAGAUUACUCACCGAAAACAUUAAGGUUCUGGAAAACAGGCUUAGGGCUGGGCUGUGUGACAGAUGUACGGUCACUCAAGAGGUAGCCAAGAGAAGACAACAGGAAUUUGAAGCCUCCCAGAUUCAGAGUCUCCAGCACAUCUCUCUACUUGCUGGAGAGAUGAACAACCUGAAAAAAGAGAACAAGAAACUUAAAGAUGAAAACAGAAACUUAAAAGCAGCACUUGACAAAGGUCACAGUGACAACUCUUCUAAUAGUAGCACCACCACAGAGGUCAAGCCCAACUCUUCCCCUGCCCUUUCACCCGCAUCUGGAAUCCUGUCCCUUAUCAAUACAACAACCAGCCGGCCAAGCAACAAGCCAGCAGAUGGCAACAUUUCAGUAAAGCCUGAUGUCGAACUGAAAACUGAAGAAACUGAAGGCAGACAGUUAAGAGGAAUCAACCGAAGCCAGUUUGAUGCUCUUCCAUUGUCAGCCCUCACAUUGCCGUCAUGGAAGAAAGAACACUUUGUGACUCGUGCUGGAGAGAAGAGGAGAUCUUCUGUCCCAGCUGCUGGAGAUGUGCGACCCGGCAGACAUGUUGUCCAUGCUCCUGUCGCCCGACAUCCUCAAGCAAUCAACAGCAACUCUGGUUCUCUUCGCUGGUCUCUAUCUGAAUCAUCUGAUUGGAUUACUGCCGGCACCAAUCCAGUAGUGCAAACUUCACCCAAUCCACACUCACAACAUUUUCACAGCUUGAACCCAAUGAGGCAACAGGCCAGCCCCAGAAGGCAGGUUUUUAGUCCUCCGUUUCCUAAGCAGAGCAGCGUUCAGCCCCCUGCCAGAGAGCCAACUGUGGUUUUCCGAUUGACAAAUCUGCCAGAAUAUGUGGAGAUUCAAACAAAGCCCACAGAGAAAACAGAGAAAAAGGAAAACCUGCUACCCAAGGUUGAGAGGGUGUCUGAAGAAGGGUUAAAAGAGUUAAAUGAUGGGCCUUUGGACUUAUCUGAUCGGGGGAAGUCCAUAUCCAGUCAAGUGCCAAAAAGUGAUUCAUCCUCAGCCUUACAAGAUGGAACAAGAGUUCAAAAGAGCCCUGAAUUGGAGGUAAACACAAAUUCUUCUGCAGACAUAGCAGAAUCAUCAUCUUCAUCUAUUGUCAUUCCUUCAUCAUCAUGUGCAACGACAGAAGAGCAAGCACCUGACAAGGAUCCUAACCACAAGGUAGUCAGAGAGCAGGAUCAGAAAGAGGAGGUGAAUGGAAAGACAGAUGAAAGCAAGGGGAAGAAGGUGCCUAUCCUCACUCUAUCAUUACGGCCAGCAGUAGUGGUGUUGGAGACUCUGAACCCAGCUCUACAAAAGCAAGAUUCCUUAUCAUCAAAUGGCAAGACAUCUUCGGCGACAGAUGAGCCAGAAACCAGCUCUGAUGAGCAGGACGAGGAAGCCAGCCGGUCAGGACACGAAAGCAAUCAGGGCUCCAAAAGGAAAAGGGCAUCUGUGGAGACAGAUGCAGACAGAGAUUCCAACACAGACAGCAACAACCAUCGAGAGAGGAAGCUCAAAAUCACAAUGAGAUCAGAGGAAAAGCCCUAGAUAAAGAGGAUGUCACACUGACUUGGUAAUUUUGCAAGAACUCUUCAUUAACCAUUUCAGAGUAGAAAGUACAACAAGCCAGUACAGGUAUAAUUUACAGAGGGGAGAAACAGAGUGCAGCCAUCAUCAGCCAAUCUGAUUCUGAGUCUAGCCGGAUAGUUUUUUUAGUUCUGGUUCUCCACAUAUUGCUAAGGGAAGUAUCUGACUCUUUAGCUGGUAAACUCUCUGUUACUUUCACAGACAGCUUUCUGCGUGGUAGGAAGUACAUUGUGGGUAUAGAUCUUCAUUUCCUUAGAACAGCUCUCUGCUGUGGCUAAAUAUUAAACUGAUAAGAAUGGCAAAUUAAAACUGUAUUUUCAGUGCAGUUGUGAGCCGUAAAAUGAAUAUUUUACUUGCUAAAUUCUAACAAAAACUCCAGAUUGCUACAGUAACAGAAUCUACACCAUCGGGUUAUUAUUAUCUGCAGUAAGUAACUGUUUUCAUCCAAGUAGUCAUGUGAUCCAGUCGUCAAAGACUAUUUGGUAAUGGGCUUCUGCUGAUUAAACUGAAUUUUUCUGCCAAAAUUCUUUUGUUUUGUUUUGUUUUUAUCAGCUGUAAAUUAAAGUUUUUGUCCACUUGGGGGCAGCAACUGCCCCUAAGGAACAUAGGCAUUGUGAACAUCCAGCAGACACAGUAAAACUUCUGUCAAAGGGAAUUCAUUCCAUUAGUUUCCAGAGAGUGGGGUUUAACUAAGCAUGACACAAAAGCCCUGACUGACAGUGAGGAUGCAGCAGUAUGCCAACUUCCAUAGGACACUGGCUAAUGUUAAGAUUGGGUCAAGCAAGCUGAGGUGGCACCUGGUACCAAACAUCCUUUCUGACAGAAGGUGUGCUUUUCAAAAGAGCUACACACUGUAGCAGUCUUUUGUAUUUGCAACUUUCUCACCCAAACUCCACCAUUUUCUGCCGCGUUAUAUUUUUAACAUCCCUGUGGUCAUAACUAGUUCAGGUUUUUCAGGCCAUGUUUCCUUCUUAGAGCAGUGGGUUGUAAAGCUCUACAACUUCCCUUUUCACCAGCUGUUAUAUAUGAAGUUUAAUGUUUAGCAGAGUAUUAUAUAAGUGGCUGUUGGUUUUGGUUAGUAAACCACAAAGGUUUCAUUUUCACCAGGGCAUUAAGUCUAAAAUGAUGAAAAAGAUUUGUGCACAAAGAAUAAAUACAAAUAAUACAAACAUGUGACAUUCUUUAUCAGAAUAAGUCUUUUCCACAUGUCACCAUGGAGCUAAAAUCUUCAUAUUUGCUGUGGUCUGAGUGGAAAUUUUAAUGUAAGCACAGGGUAUAUCGCAGCUAUUAGCAACUGGGUGGAAAACUGUCCAGCCUGACAGUCAGGCUUAGAAAGUCAACCAUUUUCUAACAUUUUCUAACACCUACCAACCCAUUUUCACAGUGCCAAACACCCUCCUGUAUGACCAGCUGAAGGGACUAAAAUCUGCAGAAUUCUCUUUUGUUCCUCAUCUUCGAGCGAAACAAAACACGGUCUGCGCUGCUAAUGCUUAAAGAACUUCAGUCUAAAUGUCCUGGCAUGCCCGUCACUGCUUGGCUAAAAAAAAAACAAAAAACACGUAAAUCCUCUUAUGUGACUAACUUAGAAGAAUAUAAGAAAGAAAGUCCGAAGAGUAAAAUAAGUUCCUCUUCCUCUUUUCUCAUUUUCAGACAGCACAUAUUUUGCAAGUAUGAACUUUCCACUAACAGCUGUGACAACAACCUUUGCUUAGCUGGGUGAUAGAUGGGAAGUGUUAAAAGCAGAGAGACAGCUAAAGAAACUCUUGUGAUAAAGCACUGUGAAGCUACUGAGUCCAUUUUGUAUUGAUAUAAAAAUGGAUGGACUGGCAGAGUCAACUAAUCUCAAAUCUACUUAUUUUUCCUUCAUUUCAUUUUUUAGAUGUCCCUGUGUAUGAACCCAGAUUUGCAGUCCUAAUGCUGUCAUAUUGAUUUCUCCUGUUUCUGUUAUGUGUGUCUGAUGCCAUUAUAGUCCAUUAAGUAUGGUAUUUUAUCAAUGGUCAGUGGUCUUUCCCUGCCAUUUGCAUCUCUUGGUUAAAAAAAAUGUGAUUGACUAUCCUACUGUAAGUGUACUGCUAUGUUCUGACUUUUAAACUGUCAAGUUAGACGAUGUGCUGUUGAGAGUAUUUUUUUACAAUACUACACUGUUAGAAACCUUUUAAUGAAUGUACUGUUACUGAU